AUGCAAGCUGAAUUGGGACCCUUUGAGCCUGCCAACCAGAUGGUGAAAUGUAACCCUCGCCAUGGUAAAUACAUGGCUUGCUGCUUGCUCUACCGUGGUGAUGUGGUUCCCAAAGAUGUCAAUGCUGCCAUUGCCACCUUUGAGACAAAGCGUAGCAUCCAGUUUGUGGUUUGGUGCCCAAUUGGCUUCAAGGUUGGCAUCAAUUAUCAGCCUCCCACUGUGGUUCCUGGUGGUGACCUGGCCAAGGUACAGCGGGCUGUGUGCAUGUUAAGCAACACCACAGCUGUUGCUGAGGCCUGGGCUUGCCUGGACCACAAGUUUGGUCUGAUGUAUGUUAAGCAUUCCUUUGUCCAUUGGUAUGUGGGGAAAGGUAUGGAGGAAGGAGAGUUCUCUGAGACCCGGGAGGAUAUGGCUGCCCUGGAGAAAGAUUAUGAGGAGAUUGGAGCAGACAGUGUUGAUGGGGAAGAUGAAGGUGAGGAAUAUUAA